CUGGUUUUCAGGAAAUGAACGGAGAGCUUUCCCUUUGCAGAACUCAGUCUAAUCUCUGAACACAAACCCUUUUAACAGCUGUAGGUAUGGCGGAAGAACAAUUUGUCAAAGAAAGUUCUCAACUCUCAACCUAUGAUGCUUAUUUUGAGAAGAUCCAGUCAAGAAAGAAAUUACCUCAAUCGUUGCAAGAGACUUUAACGACUGCAUUUGCAAACAUUCCGGUUUCAUCGUUCCCACGAGUUCCCGGCGGCAAAGUGAUUGAAAUUUUAGCAGACAGUUCCAUUGCUGAUGCUGUAAAGAUUUUAUCUGAAUGCAACAUUUUGUCCGCUCCGGUGAGAAACCCAGAUGCAGGAAAUAGUUCAGAUUGGAGAGAUCGGUACCUUGGAAUUAUAGAUUACUCAGCUAUUGUUCUGUGGGUGCUGGAGAGUGCAGAACUUGCUGCGGUUGCUCUAUCAGCUAGUACAGCAACAGCCGCCGGAGUUGGGGCAGGAGCAGUUGGCGCUCUUGGAGCACUGGCACUGGGUGCGACAGGUCCUGCUGCAGUGGCAGGCCUAACAGCUGCGGCCGUUGGUGCUGCUGUGGCUGGUGGUGUGGCUGCAGAGAAAGGGAUGGGAAAAGAUGCUCCCACAGCUGCUGAUGAACUAGGCGAGGAUUUUUACAAAGUUAUACUGCAAGAAGAACCCUUCAAGUCAACCACAGUAAGGUCAAUACUCAAGUCCUCCCGCUGGGCUCCUUUCCUUCCAGUUUCAAUAGAUAGUACUAUGUUGAGUGUGAUGCUGCUACUCUCAAAAUAUAGGCUGCGGAGUGUACCUGUAAUUGAACCAGGCAGGCCCGACAUUAAGAACUUCAUUACUCAAUCUGCAGUUGUUCAGGGUCUUGAAGGUUGUAGAGGAAGGGACUGGUUUGACUGUAUUGCCUCCCAGCCUAUUUCUGAUUUGGGACUUCCUUUCAUGACCUCUGCUGAGGUUGUCAGCAUCCAGGGCAAUGAGUUGAUUCUAGAGGCUUUCAAGCGAAUGAGAGAGAACCAAAUCGGCGGUCUUCCAGUUGUAGGGGGCCCAUCGAAGAAGAUAGUCGGGAACGUAAGCAUAAGAGACAUCAGAUACUUGCUCCUGGAACCUGAGCUUUUCUCCAAUUUUAGGAAGCUGACUGUGAUGGAUUUCUUGCACACCAUUGCCACCCAAGAAAUCGGAAAGGCCAUCCCACCAAUUAUAUGCAACCUCGAUUCAACUCUUGGUAGUGUGAUCCAGAGUCUUUCUUCCAAGUCAGUUCACAGGAUUUAUGCGGUGGCUGGAGAUGAUGAAGUUGUUGGCGUCAUUACACUCAGAGAUGUGAUUUCUUGCUUCAUUUAUGAACCCCCUAGUCAUUUUGAUAACCACCUUGGGUUUUCAGUGAAGGAAAUGUUGAAAUAGUGAUGCUUGGUGUAGAAAUCCUUUUUAAGUGUAUGAAGUAGAGAAAUUUAACAGAAUCUGGUUUGGAACAAAGAACAAUUUACAGUUGUUCUGUCGGUACUAUAUCGUAUUUUUCAUUUUACUCCUA